ACAGUGCUCUCCUCCAUCCAACAUACAAGGCUGGCAAAUCAACCUCUUCUAACCUCCCACCUCCCAGUUCCUCAAACUCAAGCAAGGCCAGCUCCUCUCCACUUCUCUUCCCUGAGCUCCUGUUCAGUUUGCAGCCCUGGUCCAGCCAACUCCAGUGUGUUAGCUCUGGGCCUAUCCUGAGGUGGGCCCAUAGGUGGAGAGAAGUGGAAAAGGCCCUGCCCUGUCACUCUGUCCUUACACUCUGAAGCUCAGUGGACCCCUUGACAGGAUGCUGAACGCCUGGGUCUGGGGCACACUCACCUUGACCUUUGGCCUGCUUUCCAGUCUCCAAGGAGUAAGCUUCAAUGAGAUUGCAAACACAUGUGACAACUUAAACUGUACCAAAGGAUUCACAUGCUGUGACAAUGGAUGCUGCCCAGAAAGAGAGCUCUCAGAUCCUGCAAAUGAACACUUUAGGAUUGUGGACCUCAUCCUGUGGGCCCUUUUGCUCGUCAUCUGUGGGAUAAUGAGGCACUUCUAUUUCAAACGGACAAAUCUACUGCCUGGUGUCAGAACAUCUGAUCAUCAGACACCUCCAGAACCGCCCUCCAUUGCUCCCCUGGAGAGCAUUAGGGUCACCACCUUGGAUCCCCCACCACCCUACAGUCAGGUUGUUCUGCCGCCAACUCCCACAGAACCACCUCCUCCCUACAGCCUCAGGCCUGAGGGCCCUGCUGGCCAGAUGAGAGGGCAUGCCUACGCAACCCUUUGAGCUUCCUCACACACAAAGCUCCUGGAUCAAGCCCAGGACCCUGGAAGACUGCCUAUCCCAUCAUGUCUCUUCUCCUUUGAUUUAAUUUAUUGUUUUUAUGCAGUGAGACCCCUCCCCUUUUGUCAUGAGAGCUAAGCUGGAUUCAUAAUCUCCAUCCCACACUAAAGACUGUUGACUUUUUUAAGAACUGGGGGUGGCUGUCGUGGAUGUAGAGAGAUCAUUGCUAGUGGACUGUCAAUCUUGACUGGACAGCUCACUCUGCCAUCCUACAGCAGCACUUCUGUGCCUGGAAGAGAUUGAAGAUUGAACUGCACAGACUCUGAGCCAUCUUCCAACCAUACUUGGGCAGAGAGGACCUCACUGUUCCUCUAUAGCAAUGAAAAAAAAAAAAAAAACCCACAGGGACUAAGUUUCCACAGCUGGCUGCUAAGUGGGGAUGAGACAAGGUCAGAGGCUGAGGAAACCAUUCCAGCUUCUUCAAGUGGUGACUGACUGCACUGAGCACCUGCUGGGAGGAUGGAGCAUCUAAGAUGUGAAUGAAUGCACAGACCUUCACCUUCCUGGGUCCUUGGUGACAAUAAAGAAAUGAACU